ACAGAGGCAGGUGCUGUGAAGGAGGCGGAGCCAGCAGCCCAGGGGUUAAUGGUCCUGGCAGGGGCUUGGCCUGGGGCACAGGGGUCAGAUGUCCCCCUGGAAUGGGGACCGGUUGCUAUUCCCAGGCUCUGACACUCGCCUAUUUAUAGCGCUGGGCCGGCCCCCCCACACCAGGCGGAGCGGCUGCUCCCUGCAAUGUCACUGCCACUGCAGCCACUGGCACCGGCACCUCCGCGCUGAGGAGGCAGAGCGGCCGCCGCCCGGGAGGAGCCCCGGCCGCCAGGCGCCCUGUGAGGCCAGGAGGCAGCCUGUCUGAUCCUGUGAUGGGCAGCACCAUGGAGCCCCCCGGGGGCGGGUACCUGCACCUGGGCGCUGUGGCGUCCCCGGUGGGGACGGCCCGCGUGCUGCAGCUGGCCUUCGGCUGCGCCACCUUCAGCCUGGUGGCGCACCGCGGCGGCUUCGCGGGCGUGCAGGGCACCUUCUGCAUGGCCGCCUGGGGCUUCUGCUUCGCCCUCUCGGGCCUGGUGGUGGUCUGCGAGGUUACCCGGCUGCACGGCUGCCUGCGCCUCUCCUGGGGCAACUUCACAGCCGCCUUCGCCAUGCUGGCCGCGCUGCUGUCGGCCACGGCGGCCGUCCUCUACCCGCUGUACUUCGCCCGUCUGCAGUGCCCGCCCGAGCCCGCGGGCUGCGCUGCCCGGGACUUCCGUCUGGCCGCCAGCGUCUUCGCAGGGCUCCUGUUCCUGGCCUACGCGGCCGAGGUGGCCCUGACCCGGGCCCGGCCCGGCCAGGUGGCCAGCUAGGCCUUCGUGGCCUGCAUCAUCUUCGGGGCGCUGGUCCAGGACAGCGGCUACGGGCGCUACGCGGCCACCCAGUGGUGCGUGGCCGUCUACAGCCUGUGCUUCCUGGCCACGGUGGCCGUGGUGGUGCUGAGCGUCCUGGGCCACACGGGCGGCCCGGGCGGCCCCUCCGGCCUGGCCUCCGGCUCGGGGAUGGUCCCUGUCGCUUAG